CCGUGCUUUACCAUUAUUAUUACUCGCACGCCCGCCCAACUUGGCAAACAGCAAGAGCACGACACUACUCUACACGAUUUUCAAGAGCCUUGAUCGCGCGUUGCGUGUCAUGCCAGCUCGUCGCGUUUCAAUUUUACCAAACUUUCUAAGAAGUUGCUGAGAUACCGUUAUUUCGACAAGGAUUUUCGUAUUGACCGUUGUCAUUCUCGUUUGACUCUCGAGUGUUCGUCCUUUGGGUCCCCUGAACGCUCUGAACGCCAAAAAAAGAAAGAAAAAAAAUCACUUCCUACAACAAACAGGCAAAAAGCGCGUUGGGGGUAUCUUUGAUACAAAGGAAUCACGUGCACACUCGCAUCCCACCACACUUGGCAGGUACCGAAUCACUUUCCUCUUGAGGUGAUUUCUUGCGUCCUCGUGGCGGCAACUUUUUCAAUCAACUUUACUUGCGUUCCACGUCUCUCUAUGCUCUAGAGAUCAAGGGACUUUUCAAUGGCGUCUACAGCAACACAACACCCAACGGGGCAUCUGGGAGGACAGCCAACUCCGAUAAUUACAUCAGACCUGCCUCACUCUUAUGCUCCUUCAACAACAGCAACGAUGCACCCUGACAAUGUCAGGCGCUUUACUCAGCCUGCAAGCGUUGAGCCGCCGCCACCUCGCGUCAUUUCAGCGCAGCCUUCAGGUGGUGCAUUCCACCGUUCUCCAGCAUCGACUGCACCUGUGACUUCCACGUACUCACCUGCACAGUCUCAGCCAUCACCAAGUGCAGGCCUACCGGGCAGACCUCGGAACAGGCCUUCCAUCAUGGACCCUCCCGGUAACAAGAUUUCCAAUCCGACGAUGCGUGGUGGAGGCUAUCCGUCACCCACCAUGGAUCACGCAACCAUCAAUCCGAAAUUUGUGGACGACGUGGCUCGCAUAACAUAUGCCAUACAGCAAUCUCUGGGCGAUGCUGUGAGGAGAGCCAUACGCGACAACUGGGAAAAGUGUUUGCUUGGAACCGACUUUCACCAGGCCUUUGUUCUUAAUGCUAGCAUUCACCAUGCGACUGUCCCAAUGACAAAACGUGCCAUCCGCGAUUUCGGCUCCAAGAUGGUUAAAGCAGGCAAAGCAGACCUGCUGGAACAUUUUAGCCAGGCGGAUCUCGACGUAGUCAGUGACACUAUACUUGCCAAGGCCUCACAUUCGUUCCUGGAUAAAGCGCUGGAGCUGCGCUUGAGGACUAUUGAGGCAAAGCCAUUGGUGGACGCCCUAUCGCGCGCAGAGCGCCUUGGAUAUGAAUCAAAUGACGUCGUGGAGCAGGAUAAUAACCACCAGGAGCGGGUCAUCCCUUCCGACUCGCCUCCGGCUACACAUUCGGCCGCACGCCCGGCCAGCUACGUUCCCACGGGAGGCAGCGCUACUCGAGCAUCAGGAACUGAUCCGAAAGCCCCUUGGCAAUGUACGGUUUGCUAUCGCACUUUUACACAACAAUCGGCGUAUGAUCACCACAUGCGCAAGCAGGUCUGCACACGCGCUCCGGCACUGCCUGAAGGGUUUAGGUAUUCGUGCGCUCAUUGUGGCCAAGGCUUUACCACUACGGUUGGACUGCAAUACCAUCUUAACAACAAGGUAUGCGGCGACUUCGGCCUGACUCCUGCCGAGCAGGGCAUGAACAGUACCGCUGUGGCCGCAGCGGGAGCAAUGGCUGCGGUUGCUCCUGCUCACACGACAGCACCUCUGCGGACUGAAUUUUACCAAUAUCCUGCAGCAUCAACCCCCCAGCGCACGGCGACAUACGGCUCUGCUACACCGCGAACUGCUGGCACACCUGAAACCCCGGUAGAUGGCAUGGGCAAGACCAUCGGCGGCUCCGAUCCUUAUGCUCACCUAACCCAGAGUCAGCGCGAGUCUCUUCAAGAAGAAUUGCGGCAGGCCGAGAUAGCCUUUGCAGACCGUUUCAAAGCAGCCGAAUCCAUCGCAGACCUUAAUGAGCGACGCAUCCGUAUCGAUAGCUUGCGAAAUGGUUUCGGCACAAAGCAGUCUAUGAUCAGGAAGAACUACGGCGUGCGGCUUCGCGAGCGCCGUACUAAAAAGGAAAUCGAGGCUGAGCGUGAACGCAUGGGUCGCCAGCAUGAGGAACGAUACGACCGUAAUGCUCUUGAUGACGCCCGAAGGUCUCUGACGGCUAUUCACGGAGGAGUCCCCAGGCCUGUCGGUCCGGGACGUCCUCCGAAGGCCUAUGCGACCACGCCAGUUCCAGUACCGAAGCCCGCGGCCUCAAAUACGUGGUCCACCCCUAAUACGGCCAAUGAUAACGUGCCGGUCAAGAGGGAGCUCGAUUCUGAUGCCAGUCCUAUCGAGGGAGACCUAAAACGUCGCAGAGUCGAUGGCGAAGGAACAAACAGCAUCAACAACCUGGGAUCUGUGCAGCAAUCUCGUACUGAAGAGGUGUCCCCUUUCGUCUCGUCGGGAUCGAAAUCACCACAGAGCCAAGACAGUGAAAGCCAAUCUAGUGGCACACCAGAGCGACAAUUGGCAGCUGAGUCGGUUGCUGCGCAGCAGAGUGCUAACGCUACAACCGAGACCACAGCCCCGGCUGCUCAGCCUGUUGUGAACUUGGUUGAUGAUGAUGAUGAUGACGAGGAAGAGUCAUCUGACGAGUCUGAAGACGAUGAUGAAGGUAUCCCUGCCGUUCUACCUCAGGCCGUGCGCCAGGGCUUGUCACAGACCGGCCGGGGGGUCACCAACCCUUAGCGGAGAGGUUGAACGAACCUCCAAGUUUGUGUAGACCGCAAGCUUUGCGCAUGCACUUCGAAUGCUCAAUGUUUGCAGAUGAGCCUUGCCUGACCGGGUGGGCCUCUUGAGUUGCGAAGUUCAACUUUGACCUGUCAGAGACGCUCGGUGUGCUUGAAAGAAGGUUAUCCGCGGCAGGCAUUUGUUGCCGUCUCCAUGAUCAGAACACAACACAGAUCCAACCGACGGUUGAGCACGCUCAGCAAUGACUCAGGAUAAAAAAAGAAAAGAAAAAACGCCUUGUCAACACUAUUUUGCCCUCUUUCGGCCAGGUUGACUUGUCCUCGGAUUUCUAUUUUCCUUAUGGUUUCAAUUAGCGACAGGACCCUUGCUUUUUUAUUGGUCUCACACCAGUCCCAUCUCAUUGCAUCGUCGGGUAGUCGACAUACCGCUGGCGUGAUUAUUGGCCAUCACGUCAUGGUUGGGACAGUACCGGGAUUCAUCCAUCUUAUUUCAUCUGGGUGUUUUAAUUUUUAUGGCAGCGGAAAAGUUCGAUAUAUUUCAAGAGUUAUCUUCACUUCGUUUAGAGCCUCACUUACCGUUGCAAAGCUUUCGUUGCUAUGAUUUGCAUCAUUUGCUUGUGGAAGGGGUCAAACCUUGGCGGGUUCACAACAUCAUUGGUCUUUUUGGUAUUUGCAAGUACGGGCCGGACAGCCCCGGGGUAUUGAGAUGGACUACAGUACAUGAGGUGCAAUAUUUUUGCAUCUUUCUCGUAGCGUUCAUAAGCAUUUACGGUUAGAGAGCCGAUGUCUUCUGGCUUUGCUCUCGACUGGUUUCCAAUAUUUUUUCUAAGUUGAACUCUGCAGCGCAAUCGGCAGAAAAGCCAUGGAUUUCAAUUUCUUACAGCAUUUUCGCGA